AUGGCCGCUGUCAAAAGAAGAAAAAACAAGAAAGCUAAUAAUGGCACCAUCAACGGUGCUGCUGGAAAGGAGCUUCCCGAAGACAUCAUGGCUGAUUCGGGCCUUCUCUUUAUCGAACCAAAAGUAUUUUACAGACGUAAACGAUUCAACUUUAUUGUAGGUGUCUCGGUGGGUCUGCUCGCCAUGUACGCUGCUUCGACCACACCUGUCGCUCAAACGCAUCUCAACCAUUUCCAAGACUAUGUUAUGUUGCAAUUGGCAGACAUUGACUUGGCCAACAUGUUGCCCCAGUCUUACAUGGUGGAUGAAUUUUUGGGCAACUUUACAAACCUGCUGAAACCCACGCCUGCUACAGAGAUUUCGUUCAUGCCAGCAGCUGAAUACAAAGAUCAACUAGGUUUGAAGCCCCAUUUUCCUGUUGUCAUGAUACCCGGUGUCGUAUCUUCUGGUCUCGAGAGUUGGUCUACAGAGGUAGCGUCUCGAAAAUACUUCCGCAAGAGAAUGUGGGGAUCCAUGAACAUGGUGAGAUCUGUAUUACUAGACAAAGAGGAUUGGAUGAAGAACCUCAUGCUGGAUCCUCACACGGGUUUAGACCCUCCAGGCUGCAAAAUUAGAGCUGUGCAGGGCGUAGAGGCAGCAGAUUACUUUAUUACUGGAUACUGGGUGUGGGCUAAAGUGAUUGAGAAUUUAGCCACCAUUGGCUAUGAUACCAACUCUAUGCAUUUUGCGUCCUACGAUUGGCGUCUAGGAUUUGGCAACCUUGAGAUUCGCGACCACUACUUUUCUCAGUUAAAAGCCAAGAUAGAAUUUAGCAAGCUAUCCUCGGGUGGGCUUAAAUCUGUUAUUGUAACACACUCUAUGGGCGGCUCCAUGUUCCCUUACUUUCUCAAGUGGGCCGAGCACCCAGAAGGCGGCAAUGGUGGCCCUCAUUGGGCGAAUGAUCACAUUGAAUCGUUUGUCAACAUUGCAGGACCCCUUUUGGGUGUUCCUAAAGCGGUAACCUCGUUGAUCUCUGGUGAAACAAGGGAUACGAUGGCUCUGGGAAGUUUUGGCGCCUUUGUCCUUGAAAAGUUCUUUUCUCGCCGUGAGCGCACUCGCUUACUGCGAUCAUGGAUGGGUGGCUCGAGUCUACUACCAAAGGGCGGCCAAGUCGUAUGGGGAAAUGGCAAAAGUGCCCCUGAUGAUCAAGAAGAUGAAAAGUAUGAGUCGUUUGGCAACAUGAUUUCGUUUGUGCCUCAUCCUGAGGGCAUCAAUGAAAACUCGACAGAGACGCCCAGCUCUUCUGAAGACCCCCUGAUUCGCAAUUACACCGUGGAUGGCUCUUUUGAGCUGCUGUUGAAGGGUGCCGACGCUAAUUUCGGCAAACAAUUGCAUUCAAACUACUCAUUUGGUGUCACAACAGAUCCAAAGCAACUGGAUAAGAAUGAAAAUGACCCCACAAAGUGGUCAAACCCAUUAGAAUCUCGUUUGCCUUAUGCGCCUGAUAUGAAAAUAUACUGUAUGUACGGUGUUGGCGUGCCUACUGAGCGUAGUUACUAUUACGCAGUAGCUGAUGGGCAGUUGGAGGAGGAGUGCACAGAUCACAAUAGCACAGGUUGCACGCAUGAAGUUAACCACGAACAUACCGCAUCAUCUCUUGAAGACGAUCUGGAAGUUAAAUCAAUGAGAGGCCCUCAUCUUUAUAUCGAUGCUAAUGUCAAUGACCCUAUUCAACGUAUUGAAACUGGUAUCCGAUUUUCUGAUGGCGACGGUACUGUUCCUUUACUAUCCUUGGGCUAUAUGUGUUCUCCAUCUGGUGCUUGGACAAAGCAUGCCGACCUCUACAACCCUGGACACAGUCCAGUGGUUCUUCGCGAGUACAUGAAUGAGGUGAGCGUCAGCAAGUUGGAUGUACGUGGUGGCUAUAAAGCAAGUGAUCAUGUCGAUAUUCUUGGGAACUGGGAAAUGACUCUGGACCUCCUACAGAUUGUGUCUGGAAAUGGAGACAAUGUUACUCAAAAAAUGAUCUCGCCCAUUGAAGAGCACGCAAAGAAGAUUGAUCUAUAUGGUAUCAACUAA